AUGGAUCUCGGCGCUCUUCGUUUUGGGAAUGUUAUCAAUGGUGAAAUUCACCACGCCAACCAAGCAACACAAUCCAAGGAUCCAAGGACAAUGGAGCCGCUUUGGACCGUUCCAAUCGGAAGCCAAGAGGAUCUAGAUGAUGCAGUUUGCGCUGCGCAGUCAGCCUUCAAAAAUUGGUCGAAAACAAACAUAGAGGAACGUCAGGCUGUCCUAAGAAGAAUGGCCGCUGCACUAAAAGAGCAAAACCAAUUUAUGGCCAGCAUCAUCAUGAAAGAAACCGGAAAGUCGGCUUUGCUUAGUGAUUUUGAGGUCGACAGUUCUGUCGCCUUCCUCGAAUUUAAUGCAAGUCAGAGCUUGCCAGAAGAGGUUGUCUUUGAGGACGCAAAUUUGAAGAUCGUCGCUACCCACACUCCAAUUGGGGUUGUUGGUGCAAUCUGUCCCUGGAAUUUUCCUCUCAUUCUGUCGACCGCCAAAAUAGCCGCGUCGCUGCUAAUGGGAAACUGUAUUAUUGUCAAACCCUCUCCGUUUACUCCAUACAGUGUUUUGAAGUUUGCUGAAAUUACCGUGGGAAUUGUUCCCCCUGGUGUUUUUCAGGCACUAAACGGCGGUAAUGAACUUGGAGCGCACAUGUCAUUGCACCCGAAUAUACAGAAGAUCACCUUCACCGGAUCCACCAGCACGGGCAAGAAAAUCAUGGAGUCUGCUAGCAAAACUCUGAAGAGUCUUACCCUUGAGCUUGGCGGUAAUGAUGCUACGAUCAUCCUACCUGAUGUCGACCUGGAUAGCGUCGUACCCCAAGUAACGACCGGAUGUUUUUUCAAUGCGGGUCAAAUGUGCGUUGCAACAAAACGCAUAUAUGUGCAUGAAGACAUUUUCGAAGCCUUCAUGGAACGCUUUGUUGCUGAUGUUAUAAAAUUCAGCAUUGAUGCUCUGGCAGAUGCACCUUCCGUAUUUGUACCUCUCCAAAACGAGCUGCAAUACUCCGUUGUUAGCAACAUUAUCGAGGACUGUUGGCUCAAAAAUUACAAGAUUGCUACUGGUGGAGGUAUUCCAAGGCGGCCAGGGCUUUUUCUCGAGCCGACCAUUGUUGAUAGACCCCCGGAUGAUUCCCGGCUAGUGACCGAGGAGCAGUUCGGACCGAUUAUUCCUGUUCUAUCUUGGAAGACAGAGACGGAGGUUAUUCAAAGAGCCAACAGCACAUCAACGGGCUUGGGGGCUUGUGUUUGGGCAAAAAAUGUCAAAGAUGCCGAGCGAAUCGGACGCAACCUCGACGUUGGAAGUUUGUGGAUAAACAGUUUCGAGAAACCGCAUCCAGCCGGAUACUUUUCUGGCCGUAAGGAAAGCGGGUUUGGUGGUGAAUGGGGCAAGCAAGGACUUUUGUCAUAUUGCAAUACGCAAACAGUUCAUAUCUCAAAAUUUUAA